AUGCGAGCUACUGUUGCUGAGAUGUUUGCAGUCACCCUCCCUCCCACCCCCCAGGUUGCAGCAGCCAGUGGUCACACUGUGGUGUUAGUAGACCAGUCAGAUGAAAUCCUUAAAAAGUCUACAAAAGGAAUUGAAGAGAGUUUGAAGAGAGUGACAAAGAAGAAAUUUGCGGAUAAGCCUGAGGCUGGUGCUGAGUUCAUUGAGAAGACCUUAAAGAACCUCACAACAAGCACAGAUGCAGUAGCAGUGGUCCACAGCACGGAUCUGGUGAUAGAAGCCAUUGUGGAGAACCAGGAAAUUAAAAAUGAACUCUUCAAGAGGCUGGAUAAGUUUGCUCCAGAGCAUACGAUAUUUGCAAGCAACACUUCAUCCUUGCAAAUCACGCAGUUGGCUAACUCAACCACCAGGCAGGACCGAUUUGGUGGUCUCCAUUUCUUCAAUCCUGUUCCUAUGAUGAAGCUUGUGGAGGUCAUCAAGACUCCAAUGACCAGCCAAAAGACUUUUGAAUCACUUGUGGAUUUCAGUAAAGCAGUAGGAAAGAGUCCCGUCAGUUGUAAGGAUACUCCAGGGUUUAUUGUAAACCGUCUCUUGGUGCCAUAUAUGAUGGAAGCUGUUCGGCUUUUUGAGAGAGGAGAUGCAUCAAAGGAAGAUAUUGAUGUUGCUAUGAAGCUUGGGGCUGGUUAUCCCAUGGGUCCAUUUGAACUGCUGGACUAUGUUGGGUUGGAUACCAGUAAAUACAUUAUAGAUGGAUGGCAUUCAUUAGAGCCCAACAAUCCUCUUUUUGCACCCAGCCCACUCCUGGAUAAACUGGUAGAAGAGAAGAAGCUGGGUAAGAAGACUGGAGAAGGAUUUUACAAAUACAAAUGAACUCCAGACCUCAAGAGGUGUUACACUAUCUGUGUAUGCUAUUCAGCAUUGCCAUAUUACAGGUGAAUCCUUCCCAAGGAUGGCACAAGCUGCAUUUAGAACAUAACCCACCUCUGAACUGAGUGAUUGCACUAGUUAACUAUUUCUCUGCUGAAAGCUUGAUUUGGUAGAUUAUUUUUUUCUUGUAAUUCUGAAAAGCUUUGUAAGUACAGUGCCUUCAUGCAGGUGUUGAUUUUUCAGGUGCAGGACAGAAUGACAAGUGAAUUUAUGUAUUUGAAACAUUAUUAUAUUAAUGGGAAAAAUCCUAAAAAUAACUGCAGUUUCUUAAAAAUAAAAUUUUCAACAAUUCUGUAUUGAAUGUCAUGGCUUGCAGUUGAUGUACUUGGUUGUAGUCCACUGGGUGGCAGUCUCUUUUCACUCUGGCAAAUGUAGCGAUGGAAAGGCAGUAAGUUGUUUUGUUAGGAUUUUUCUUGAAUGCAGUGCUAAUCUGUAGGUGUAAAUUACAGUGCCUUGAACAAUAAUUUUUAUAAUGUCAUACUGUUUAAAAAUAAAAAUCCUGCAGUGGCACGCUGUCACCUG